AAGUUUCAACACCAAGUAUAAGAACAAAGAUGACAAAAACAUCUUGCAAACAAGUCGUCAGUACAUUACGGUUUAGUAAUACCUGGAAUAUGCUGAAUGUUAAUUUUUAUUUGACUAUUUGACAUAAUCCACAGAUGUGUUAUCAGUCCUCUUCAAAGUAGGGAUGUGGAGACUUUAACAUGCUGACACGGAGAGCCAGAGAACAGGUGAGAUGAGUCUCUUCAGAACCAUUUGGAAGACUACCGUCAUAUUUCUCUUAUACAGAUGUACAUUCCAGGUUCCAGCCAACCCCUUAGGUCCGAGAAUGGGUAUCAUCUGUCAGGGGUCUGUGACUGUAGAACCUGGGCCACUCUUUCGCAUGGGUUCCAACCUUACAGUGUACUGCACAACCACAAAGCCCAACUGUGGCCAGAGUUUAUCUGUGGAACUGAAUGGGCAGGACCAGACGGCACUAGAGAUCUUGAACUGUUCCACUGUCCGGCUGAGACUGACUAACCUCCGCACACCAAACUCCAUUCUGGUCUGUAGGCUGCGACAAACAGACGGACGCAUACAGACUGUUUGUGGGCUAGACCUUCACACUGGAUACUCUCCUGAUGAGCCCAGUGGUAUAGCCUGCCAGGCUUCCAGGGACUCAGAGGAGAUCACCUGUAGCUGGAGCAGAGGACGGGAAACACACCUGGUCACAACCUACAAUGUCUCAGUCAGGAGUGUGAACAGAGCCCAGGUGUUUAACCGUGGGAUCCAGGGUACUGGUGUGUUCAGUAUUCCACGGUUGGAGCUGGAUGAGAAUGAACAGUUCCAGCUGAGUAUAAGAGCUCACAACCACCUGGGAACAUCACUGUCCCAACCCUUCAACUUCUCUGUCAAUGAUUGAUACCAGACCCCCCUCAGAUCAUGAAGCUGGAGUUUUGGAGUGGCUCCAGGGAGGCUGUAUUGCACUGGAACUGCUCUGAAUACCCCAAACCUUUAAGACCCC